CGAAGAGGGGAGGGUUUCAGCUAAUGGAUCGCGCGGAGGCAUCGUCUGUGGAUUGGGCAUCAGUUCACGGGUGAACUGUUCUAAUCUGUUCGGAGAGGAAGCAAGUGUUGAUGCUAGGUGCGGUGGGUUGUCCGCGUUCAGCGAGAGCGAGGGCGACAACACUAAAAAAAUUGAGAAUGGAGGCCACCAAUCUCGUGCUGAUGGUCACCAGGAAGCUAUUAUUUGCGAUAGAGCAGAAAGUGCAGAUGUAGGUUCUGCUCAAUCUACAGGAAAGGCUGAUCCUCAGGCCCCGGGGUGGACGAAGAGGGUAAGAGUUGGUAAACAGCUUCUAGACAAAGCUCCGUGCGCUGAAAGAGUAGGAGCGCUGGAGAAGACCAUCAGGGGCUAUGCCAAAACACUUGGGGAUCGUGUGGUUGAGCCAUCAGUUGGUCUAACGUUCGACUCCUUGGGCGAGGCGUACGAUUUUUUCAAUUUGUAUUCCUGGGAGCUGGGUUUCGGCAUAAGGUACGGCAAGAGCAGGCUUAAUUCAGAGAAGACAAAAUGCAUGCAGGAGGUUGUCUGCGGGUGCUGUUGUCUGCGGGUGCUCGUGCCCAGCAAUGAUAAGGCUGCUCUGGACAUCUGACAAUGGCUGGUACAUCAAGAGCACAGGGCAAAUCAUAACCAUGCUUUGACGCAAACAUGUGGUGAGAAGGUAAAUUGGCCAUCCCAUAAACAUAUAGAUGCAUACACAAGGGAUUUGGUUAAGCAGCUUAGGCAGGACAACGUAAAUGUCACAAAGGUGUACAGUAUAAUUUCAAGCUUCUUCGGUGAUGCAAACAAAAUGCCUUUUACUAAAAGAUCACUGCGAAAUUUGUGCGGUAAGAUAAAUAGGGAGCAGGCAGAGGAUGAUGUUAGGAAAACAAUUGAUGUGUUUGCUGACAUAGCUGCGAAAGACCAGGAGUUUGUUUUCAGAGUGCAGCCAGAUAAAGGAUGUAGGAUUAAGAAUUUGAUGUGGGCAACUGGUAGCAGCCGGAACCAAUAUAUUUAUUUUGGUGAUGUUGUUACAUUUGACACAACAUAUAGAACAAAUCUGUACGAUAUGCCAUUCGGGCUGUUCGUUGGGGUGAACAACCAUUUCCAGAGCAUUGUGCUGGCGGGUGUGCUUCUCCGUGAUGAAUAAGCUGAGAGCUUCGAGUGGGUUUUUUCAGAGUUUGUUAGAAUGAUGGGAGGGAAGGCUCCCUUGACAAUUUUGACAGAUCAAUGUCGAGCAAUGGAGAUUGUGAUCAGGAAUGUGCUACCGACAACCACGCAUCGCUGGUGCAAGUGGCAUGUGCUGAAGAAGUGCAAGGAGACACUGGGUCCAAUGUACACGAAACAGAGUGACUUCCGAGCAGAGUUUCACAAGGUUGUCAUCCACAUGUUGACAAUUAACGAGUUCGAGGACGCUUGGAAAAUGCUAAUAGAGAAAUACAGUUUACAGAGUCACACAUAUAUGACCCAAGUCUAUGAGAUAAGGGAGAAAUGGGCUAAGCCUUAUUUUCAGGGGGUAUUUUGUGCGAAAAUGACUAGCACGGAGAGGAGUGAAAGUGCCAACAGUAUGCUGAAAACAUAUGUGCCGCCAGGGUGUCCAAUGCACAUGUUUGUGAAACACUAUAUGCGUCUCCAGUCCGCGAGGGACGCAGAGGAGAGUUAUGAGGAAAAGCGUAAUAAAGUGGCCGGAAUUGUAUUCAAGUGCAAUAUGUCAAUAGAGAGACAUGGCAGCAAGGUGUACACAUGUGCAAUGAUCGAGCAGCUAGGUGAGCUGCUCUACCAAGCUAACGCAUAUCGAAUUGAGGAGUUGGAUAAGGGUAGAUUGUACAGAGCCACACACACGCAGGCUGAGAUGCGCGAGAAGUGGGCAAGGGGAGUUUACGAAGUGAAGAUGCUGGAUGAUGGUCGUUUAUUUGAGUGUGAAUGUGGUCUGUUUGAACACAUGGGCAUGCCGUGCUGCCACAUGCUAAAGGUUAUGGAUGUUCUUGGUUACACUGAGAUCCCGGAGAAGUUGAUAUUGAAGAGGUGGACAAGGGAUGCAAGGGAUGUUCUUCUGUAUCAUUUGCAAGUCUACCAAAGAGGCCAUGCAAGCAGUAGGAUAAUGACACACCGGCACACAAGUCUAUACGUGCACGCAAUGGAGUUGGUCCGUCUGGGCGAUGCAUCCAUAGAAGACUAUGAGAAAGGGAUGAGAAUCAUUAGGGAUGGUAUUGCUGCUCUUGCUGGCUAUGAAUCCCAGAGGGACGGGCUAGCUUUGGAGGACAGGCCUGAAGCUCACUGUGGUGCCGGAGAAAAAUGCGAUGAUGGUGGACUUGUUGCACCCGUAGAAAGGCAGCAAAUGGAUGUUGAUACUUUCGCUGGCCUAGAUGCUCCGGAGAAGAGAAAGAAGCAAGGGCGCCCAACAAGCAGCCGCGAAAAGGCUCCGUAUGAACAGUUGAGUAAGAGGACAAGGUUCUGCAAGACUCCAGGCAGCCACCAGGAAGAUUUCAAAGAAGAGUGGGCGCCCCCAGGAGUUUUUAGCCUGUUGAAGCAGUUGGAGGCGGCAGGUGAAGGGUGGCCAGCUAAUCCCAAGUUUUUGCCAGCAAGAUUGACUGAAUGGGCAAGUAAAGAUCAUAUGGUCCACAAUUUCCUCGUCGUGGUUGCCACAGAGCAGGUUGAUUGGGAUCAGUGUAGACUUGUGAAAGUUAAUUCGGAGGUCGAUGGAGGAAGCAUAGUCCACAAGGAUUUCUUUGAUGACUGCGGCUUGCUGAGGGCAUGCAGGCAUGGCCAGUAUCGUGUCGUCGGCAUAUUGGAUUACCGGAUAGUCUGUUUGGCCAACGCAAGGGAAGGGCAGCUGGAUUUUGCCUUGUCUAAAAGCAUCGUUAAUAGCUCCUUGGAGGAGAUCAGCUACAAUGACGAAGAUCAAGGGGGAGAGCGGGUGCCCCUGUCGUACACCGGGUGCGGCAGUGAAAUUGUCUGCCGGGCACACCAUUCAAUAGAACCGAUGAACGCCCUGUCGAGAAGAUGCAUUUAA